AGAGGCGCGACAAUAGCGUAGUCUGUUACACAGAGAGAGAGAGAGAGAGAGAGAGGCACAAGUAGGAGAAGGAAGAGCAGUCGUCGUCAUCGCCGUCGUCGCCGCCGCAGCAGCAGCGAUGGGAAGAGAAGGAGCCCCUAUUGAGCUCGUUUCCCACAAUAAUGGCCGCUCCCUCAAAAACGCAGUCGACGUUGAAUCCCCUGACACUGCCCAUCAGAUCAGCACAGAUUCAUGGUUCCAAGUGGGUUUUGUGCUGACGACGGGGAUCAACAGCGCUUAUAUACUGGGAUACUCAGGGACAGUCAUGGUUCCGCUGGGUUGGAUACCUGGUGUUGUUGGUUUAAUCCUGGCAACUGCAGUAUCACUGUAUGCGAAUGCGCUUGUUGCGAGGCUCCAUGAAUAUGGAGGCAAAAGGCAUAUCAGAUAUAGAGACCUUGCUGGUUUUAUAUACGGAAGAAGAGCCUAUUCGCUCACCUGGGGGCUACAAUAUGUCAACCUUUUCAUGAUAAAUACGGGCUAUAUCAUUUUAGCUGGUUCGGCCCUCAAGGCUGUUUAUGUUCUAUUUAGGGAUGACCAUGAGAUGAAGCUUCCAUAUUUUAUCGCCAUAGCUGGCUUUGUGUGCGCAAUAUUUGCCGUAUGCAUUCCCCAUCUUUCGGCUCUCGGAAUUUGGCUGGGAUUUUCAACAGUAUUCAGCUUGAUGUAUAUUGUUAUAGCAACUUGGCUGUCGCUCAGAGAUGGAAUAAGGUCUCCGGCAAGAGAUUAUAGCAUUCCAGGGACAUCAACAAGUAAAAUAUUCACAACGAUCGGGGCGACUGCUAAUCUCGUGUUUUCAUUUAAUACAGGAAUGCUUCCUGAGAUUCAGGCAACGAUCAGGCAGCCAGUUGUGAAGAACAUGAUGUGGGCUCUCUACUUUCAGUUCACUGUUGGGGUUCUGCCACUCUAUCUCGUUACUUUCGCAGGCUACUGGGCUUAUGGAUCUUCCACAGAGACCUAUUUGCCGAACAACGUGAAUGGUCCCCUCUGGGCGAAGGCCGCCGCCAACAUCGCGGCGUUCCUUCAAUCGGUCGUUGCAUUGCAUAUAUUUGCAAGUCCCAUGUACGAGUACGUAGACACUAGAUACGGCAUCAAAGGAAGCGCACUGGCCUUGAAGAAUAUAUCAUUUCGGGUGUUGGUGAGAGGGGGCUACCUGGCCUUCAACACAUUGGUGUCGGCACUACUGCCCUUCCUUGGAGAUUUCAUGAGCCUCACGGGGGCCAUCAGCACAUUUCCCCUCACAUUUAUCCUCGCAAACCACAUGUACCUGGUGGCAAUGAAGCACAAACUAACAUCCUUACAAACGCUCUGGCACUGGCUCAAUGUUUGUUUCUUCGGCCUCUUGUCUGUCGCUGCAACAGUUGCAGCCCUGCGCCUCAUUGCAGUCGACUCCAAAACCUACCAUGUCUUCGCUGAUUUAUGAUUCCACUCUUCCUUAAUAUUUCAGCAAUCGUAAGGCACUAAGGCCUGCGAUUAUUGUAUUAUAUAUAAAAUAAAAAUAAACUUAAAAUAUACAAUAGCAUUGCCUUGAAAGUUUUGCAUCAGUUGUAUUUUAUCGCCAAGACGCUGUACUCCCUCAAAGCUACUGAGUUACAGCAAUAAAAUUCCACGGUUUUAGGCA